GGACAACAAACGAUCACAAAAAAUGAGCAGAUAUGCUGGUUUGUCUCCAGCUGCUAAGAGUCGCGGAUAUCUAAACACGCAGCUGGAAUCUUGGUUGCAAAGCAAAGGCGAAAGAUGAAUGUCUCUGAAGUGGAGGAUCAUGUUUCUUUGAAAUAUGAAAUAAAAAGGAGACUUGGAAAAGGGGCGUAUGGGAUUGUUUGGAAGGCUUUGAACAGACAGACAGGGGAGGUGGUGGCUGUGAAGAAGAUAUUUGAUGCAUUCAGGAACAGGACUGAUGCCCAGAGGACAUUCCGAGAAAUCAUGUUUCUUCAGGAAUUUGGGGAUCAUCCCAACAUUGUCAAAUUGCUAAACGUCAUCAGAGCUCACAAUGACAAAGACAUUUACCUGGUCUUUGAACAUAUGGAUACGGACCUGCAUGCUGUUAUAAAGAAAGGGAACCUGCUGAAAGACAUUCACAAGCGCUACAUUCUCUAUCAGCUCCUCAAAGCCACCAAAUACCUACACUCAGGCAACGUCAUCCACAGGGACCAGAAGCCAUCCAACAUUCUGCUGGACACAGACUGUUUUGUCAAGCUGUGUGACUUUGGCCUGGCCCGAUCACUCUACCAGAUCCAAGAGGAUGCUGGGAACCCAGCACUGACAGAAUAUGUGGCGACGCGGUGGUACAGAGCUCCUGAGAUCCUACUGGGCUCUACAAGGUACACCAAGGGUGUAGACAUGUGGAGCAUAGGUUGCAUUCUGGGAGAGAUGCUGCUGGGUAAGCCUCUAUUCCCAGGAACCUCCACCAUCAACCAGAUUGAGAGGAUAAUGAGUGUCAUACCUCAUCCCAGCCCAGAGGAUAUAAUCUCCAUCAAAUCUGAAUAUGGUGCUUCUGUGAUUCAGCGAAUGCUUCUGAGGCCCCAGGUGCCUUUAGGGGACCUGCUGCAGCCCUCGGUGCCUCCUGAUGGCCUGGACCUGCUGUGCCGCCUUCUGGUUUUUAACCCUGACAAGAGGCUGACAGCUGCCCAGGCCCUCCAGCACCCCUAUGUCUCCAGGUUCCAUAACCCAGCUAAGGAGCCCAGUCUGGACUAUGAUGUGAUCCUGCCGGUUGACGAUGAUGUCCAGUUGUCAGUGGUUCAGUACCGCAACAAACUCUAUGAGAUGAUUCUGGAAAAGAAGACCAGCAGAAGGAUGCCAGCCCAGUCACGGCAGAGGGAGAAAACCAGCUCUGGAACAGAUUCUGGGUCGGGUUUUGAUUGUGAUAGAGGAGACAACGGCAAGGACAUGCCCAACAGGGAGGACAAUUGUGCAAAGGAUCCAGUCUUAGUGAAUGGAGUUGGAGGCGGGGACAAUGGCAGCAAACUGCCCCAUGGUGGGGCAGACCAACUGGCUAUGAAGACAACCAUGUCCAAACCCACUCUGACACAUGCACCCAACCAGUCUGCUGAGGAGGGGGCCAGCCCUGCAUCCAGCCCCAUCACGGGCAAGACCACCUAUAACCCGAUCACACAUGCUCCCAAUGGUUUUGUGAGAAGUCCUUGUGGGCCACCUCACUAUCACCGAUCUGGAGCGGCUGGAAGAAAACUGGUGCGGCAGACUAGCAGUGAAAAUGUAACAGUAUCUUCAACAGAGGGCACGAACGCCACCGUUUCUAUGGAGCAAAUUCUGCACCGUGGCCGCUCUGCACCUGUGGCUCGUACCCACUCCUUCUCACUAGCCCAGUCAAAUCCUCAGAACAACCCUCUGGUCCGCAGAGAUGAGCCCUCUGUGUCUUCUGGGAUAUGUAUCACUUCUGCUCGUCUGAACCAGCGCUCACAGUCUCAAACCCGCGAAGCACGGCCCCCACCUAGGUUCAGUAAGAAGGUCUUCCAGGGACACUCAAACAUAGCAGCUGCAGGAGAUCCCCGGGCUAAACUGGGCAGCUACUCUCAGGCCUAUGGAACCAUAAACAAGACAGAGCUGGACAACCUACUCCGAACACGACCCAGCCACCACUAACCUGCUCUACACCCAACAUGCCCACCGGUGCCCUGCUGUGGAAUGGACACACACACUAAAACAUCAAUGCAGUAGGAAUGAAGUGGAUGCUAUCAGAGCCAAUCAGCUUGUGCAGCACUUGAUGGGCCACAGUAGACUAUGGAAGGGAAGAGAAUGAACUUGGAAGAGUAUGAGUAGGUCUUCAUGAUUUCAUAUUUAAAAUGUUAGCCUGUGAUUUGGACACAAGAACAAGUCCAUUGUAGAAUAUGUACAUUUUCUAUAAAGAGUAUGAUAGCUCAUAAUAACUACAGUUAUAUAAUUAUAUAAUUAUAUAAUUACAGGGUGAAGUAAGUACAACAUAGAAGUAUAUAAGCAGUUAAACUAUUUACAAAACAGUGCAAUAAGCAUGCAAAUACUUAUUGAGGGCAAGAAGCCUUAACGUUCCUAAUAUUUUGAGACAAACGCCGUCAGUUUAAUAAUAAACAUAAUACAGAAUAUGUUGA